CUCUACACCACACCACACACCUCCUUACAGCAAUGUCCACUAAUGCAGUCAGAAUGGCUUGCCUGCGGCCUGGCAUCUUGGACCUGGGAGAUCUUCCAGAGCCUUAGAGCACCUCCAUGUUACUGCUUCAUGGGAGUGCUCCAGACAGCCUAAGAAUUUAGUUAUACCCUUGCACUGGUGAUUGUAUUUUUUUGUAAUAAAUUCCAACCCCCUGUAAAGCAGCAACACAAAAUGCAGAGCAGAAAGGAACCCUCUGGACUGCCACGGACACAGCCCUGCCUGGUUCCACUCCUCUCAAAGAGCUGCCUCUAACUGCAGAGCACAGGAUGCAGCAGUGGCCAGCUGACUGACCUGCAGCAGCCCCACAGAGCAGGGGCACACAACAGGCACAGCAGUCCUUAAACCAACAAUAAGAAACCUGAAGUACUCAAAACCAACUCUACAUGGUGAUUUAACGCGAAAAAAGGUGCAUUUACUAGUUUUUGUUGCCUCUCCUCCUGCAGCAAUUCUUAACUUGCACCAAGUCCUGUCCGACAUCGUUGGGCCACUGGAGUGUCCCCAGCUUUACAGAGGAAGCGCAGAGCCAGCUCAGCUCCUGGCAGUUCCUCUUCCCCCAAGGUGCCGUGUCAUCAUAACCCAGCCCUGCAGCUGGAGCACGGCCGGUCCUGCGGCCGCUCACGCCACAGCUCCGUGUUUUCCAGGGCAGUCCUGGGAGAAGGCCGUGGAUAGCUCCGUGUUUUCUGAAGUCCUGGGAGAAGGCCGUGUGUGACAGCCCGGCUGCACUGAGGGUCAGCUCUAAUCACUAAUGAAACCCGUCUGCAUGGAGCACUCCAAGGAGCCAGCAUCCCCAAACACACGCGCAUUCCGCAGCUAGCAUAUAAACGCUAAUCCAGGCGUUUCCAGAACCUUAAAAAAACUACUGCCAACAAAGCACAGCAAGAGCAGGGAAUGCCCCACGCUUCCCAAACUCCACAACUUACCCCAGAGCAGUUUCUCCCACUUCCUGUUCCUCCUGUGGGCCUCUCACACAGGAAAUGUUUUACAUAAAGUGCCUUAGCAGGGGAUGGCAUUUAGAAAUAUGCAACAGGAAGAGUCAUUUUAUUUGCCAAGAACUGUCGAUUCCUGGGAUAUUGUUGUAACCCACUUGAUAACACAUUUCACAGGAAACAAGUUUCAGAAGUAUUUCAGAAUUUUUAUUCAAAAAACAUGCAACGUAUUGCCAGUUCACACACCCCCUCAGUAAAUUAUCCCAAGCUUCUUUCUCCUGUCCUGCAGCCUCCAGGAGGGGAUUAAAACUUUUCCCACUUCUAGAAGAAGAGGCAAUAAAGCCCUUCAUAAAAAAAUAUUUUUCCCGUGGAAAAAUUGGGAUAAUUCCUAUGCAACAAGAGGAAAAAUUAAGCAGCACCAGUAAAACCUCCAGGUCAUUUUCCAAAGCAGGACUGCCCACAAGGACUCGUCGCAUGUUUUAACAAAGCAACUUAUUCAAAGGGGAUCAUUCGGGCACAGCUCAGGAUCAUUUUUGGGAGACAGAGAUGGGAGCAGCCUUGAGCCAGGGGCCACUCACUGCCAACUCGGCAAAACCUAAAACUAUUUUCCGAAGCAGCUUUUGAAGUUUUAGCAGGAGACACUUUCACAGGGCAAACGGAUCCUGCACCGGGAUCUCCCAAAGAUGAGGGGUAACUGAGCCUCGUGUGUUACACUACAACUUCUACAUUCAAACAGCAACUACUUUAACACGCACAAAACAUCCGCCUUCCCUGAAACUACAGCUGAUAACAAACCGAUUUUUGCCACUAGAAUGUGUGAUCUCAUGUGCUGAGAAUCUGUUGGGUUUGUUGUUUUUUUUUGGUUUUUUUUAAUACCAUUCAACUCGAUGAGCAACUGGUUAAAAGCAGCAAAGCAACCCUAGACUGCAAAAAUCGUAAGAUACAGUACUUUUUACGGGUUUUAAGAUGAAAACAACACUGAGACGCCACCCUUUCAGCGUGUAAAAAAGCCCAGACAUGUGACUACGCCCAGACCAGUGUUCUGAGGCAGAAAGCGAGAAGGCACUAAUUUGGGCUUCCCGUACUUACGGCUCUGAGAAAACAAACUGCUUACUUGGAGGCCUUUAGAAGUAUCUUAACUACUGCUAGCUAGAAGAAACAAAAAACCACAUCACUAAAAAAAACCCCACGCCAGACAGGAGAAAAGAAGCACGGAGAGCUCGUUUUCGAGAGAGAUCCUCUGAUAAAACAGAGCGAACUCUGCCGCAGAGAGGCCCGCCGGGCGGUGGUUAAAGAGCAAUCGACGUUGCCCAAGAUAAAGUUGAGCUCUGGAAACUCCCAGCGUGCGGAGGGAAGUUUUCUUUCCCGGAGUUGCUCGGGACAGCGGGAGCGGGGCUGUACCUGCGGCGCUCAGGCUGCCCUGUGCCCUGGAUGAGAUCGUGUCCUUGGGCAGUGCUCUGCUCUGUGGGAGGCUGCCUGCCUGACCUUGGAGCAGAGCGAGAGCACCAGUGACAGAGGGUGCAGCAGUACCAGUUCCCUUCAAGUGGAUCUCUCCAACCUUGUGAUCUGGGCACACACUCAUGGGACCAUAUGCAGCCAGAUUCCAGCCCUGGAAUUUAUUCAGAACACGGAUCACUGGAACAAUGACAACGCUGUGCUGUGGAUGUGCAAAGCUGGGCAUGCCUAUCACUGGCACUGUGGCAAGUCACAAAACAGAGGUGAAGAAGUGACUGAGGCUGUAGGAGACAGAAAGAGGCGCUUGACUUCUGAGUCUUCGGCAAGAGAAUCCAGCUUUGAGGAAAAGAAGCUCAAGCUGACCCCAUCGUCUUUUGAGAUGAAUCAAGAAGAUUCUGGGAGCACAGGGUCAUGUGGCAGAUCCCAAGGGGUCACUGAGCAGAAGGCUGACAUCGCCUACACAAGGAAUAACGAGCCCAAAGGCAGUCAGAAUACCAGGAAACCCAAAACAUCGUUCUCUGCAGCAGAGCAGCACUUCUCCAUGUCUGGUAGUAUACUCCAGACUGGCAAACAGGAUGUGGAGUCCAAAAGUGACAAAGAAGUACAGAUCAUCAUCUCUGAUGAAGAGCAGUGUGAGGCAGAUGAAGACAACCAAGGAGACAGAAUCAGCCAGGAUAAUGUGUCAGAGCCAUCUGCUAAGGAGUUGCAGAUGCAGCAUUGCCAGAAGAUGGCAUUGCCCCAGCCAGCAGCCUCCCAGAAAACUGCCUUUGCCCCCACAGCAAAGCCACCCCUAGCCCGUGCCUACAUUCUGCAGGCUCCUGUCAGCAACUCAGAGGAUGUGAGCGGGAACAUAAUAAGGUUGGCGUCUUCCACUCCUGCAGGGCCCAAAGCUGAAACUUCCAGAGCAAGGAGCCUCCUGGGGUCAGCAGCAGCACCAAAGGUAUGUUUAAAACGCCUUCCUGUCCCCAGCACUGAAGCCAAGGCUCAUCUUGAAUCACAGCCCUCAGUGGUGUUCUUUGAGCUCCAAGCCACUGCUGCUGUUCGGCAACAUCUCCAUCUGAGCCCUGCAGAGUGUGGCACACCAGGAACGGGCUCCGGUGGGGAUGGUGCUGAGAACGUGGGUGAGGACAGCGAGACAUCAGGAUCCAGGCAGACACCUUGUUCUUCAGCCUUCCAGAGUCCAGAGAGCCAUCCACCUGCAGCCUCAAAUGGAGAUGUGCUGAAGAAGCAGGAGAAAAAAAAAAACUAUACCACUGGAGACAUUAGAAUGUUUGAAGAGUGGCUGAAGUCGCACCAACCCUCCGAGACACGCAAGAUCCACAUGCUGCCACCUGCAGACCUUGACCACUACCUGGUCUCGUUCUUCAGCUCUGCCAAGAAACAGAAUGGCAAGGAUUUUUCUGCCAAUUCCUUAAGUUUUUUCCGGUGCAACAUCAACCGGUACCUCCAGGACCACAACUACCAGUACAGCAUGUUGAGAGGGCCAGAGUUCAAGGCCUCUCAGGAAGCCUAUAAAUUAAAGCAUUGGUACCUGUUUCAAAAGAAGGAGGAAGGCUGGAAUAUUGUGGAGAACCUGACAGAUGAAGAUGUGGAAAACCUUCACAAGAAGGGAAUUUUAAACAGGACAGACCCUCAUGGCUUGCUGCACCUCAUGUUCAUCAACCUCAUUAGGGGGUUUGGGGCAAGCACCCACCACCAGACCCACCAGCUCUGCUGGGGACAGGUGGUGCUGAGGAAGACCAAAGGAGAGGUGGAGUACUUGGAGUGGAAGGAUGAUCUGAGCCCUGGGGAAGAUGAAGGGGAGCUAAGCCUACAGCUCUUUGCCAAGCCCGAGGAUCCAGAGAACUGCCCGGUGGCCAGCUACAAGGAGUAUGCCAGGAAGAGGCCAGCAGACAUGCUGGAAGACAACCACCCUCUUUACCUGUGUCCCAAGUCACUGUACUCUGUCUGGGACAAGGUGUGGUACAGCAAGAAGACACUGUCAAAAGCCAGAAUUGAUAAGAUCUUGAAAGUUAUUACCCAGGAAGUCAGAGAAGCAGUAAAGAAGACCAGGACAUAGGGGUGUCCCUUCACCUUUGCCCCUUCAAGCACUCCAAGGCUGCUCUGAAACACAAUCCUACUGCAAUAUUUGGUGUAGGUUGAGAACAAACAUCCUUCUGCUGGGCUUCACCUUGGCACUGAAGGUACCUACAGAUCUGCAGCGCCUUGGCUUUCAGGGAAGUUCCUUUGUUGUUGUUCUGUUACUGGAAUUGAUAAUUCAAUGAGUUAAUGAGAGUCUUCAGUUUCACAUUUGCCAAACAAGUUAAUGUUCUACCACACAGUCAAUGCUGUUAGAAGCCAUCACUGCUGAUACAGAGAGGGCUUGGGGGUGGCAGAGCCUGGCCAAGAGCAUCAGCUGCACCCACAUUUUGAGGUUGACACCCCACACAGCUCAGCCUGUGAAGGAAGAGCGACAGGAGAGUGAUGACACUGCCAAUCCCAACCUCGCAGAAACGCUUCUGACAAUGCUCAGGUCAUUUCCCUUAGGGAAAGAUUUGUAGAUUGAAGUAGUUGUGGCUGUUUUAAGAAGUUAUUUAAAGUGUCUGACAAUGUUGAAAGGUUUUAUGGUAAGUGGUUUCCCUGGAGUGCAAAACACAACUCCACAAAGGCACUGGGAGGUGUGCUCAGCUCUGCUCAGCUGCCCCAGUGCUGUUACAGCUCAGUCAGGUUUUUGGUUGCAUUGUUGGCAGAGCCAAAUAAAAGAACCUUUAAUUCAGUCCUGUCUGUCUGUGCCUGAGCAGGAGGUGAUGCUUUCCUGGAACACUGGUGUGUUCCCUGUUGUGCUCAGUCUCCCCUGCUCCCAGACUGGUGGCACAGAGCUUUGGGCCCUUUGAAGCCCUGGGAGCCAUUCCCGUGGUGUCCAACAAAGCCUUGGGGGCCAAGCUCUUUGCCCCAGUUGGUCCCAUUCAACCAACUGAACAUCAAGAAGUAACUUAAGGAUGUUUUUAGAGACAUCAAACCAGACAAACCCCUCGGGUGCUGGAGGGAUCUGCCGGCUCCUCUUGUGCUUUGGAGCACCGGUGGCAUCACCGUGACACCCAGAGUGUCUGAGAGCUGUCCCCCGGGUCCCAGGUCACCCCGCUGCAGCCACACCUCUGCUCCCCACUUCCCUCAGCCCCCAGACCCCCAGACCACCCCGGCUCGGGCUCCUUGCUCCCCGUUGCUGUUCGGUUUAGCCCACGCCCAAGGCUGGGGAACGAGCGGGUUGCACCCUGUGCCAGCUCUGGCCUUGUCACAGCACCCGGGCACCUCCUGGGGCUCCACCGGGAACCCCCGGCCAGCGCCCGCCGAGCGGGGCGGGCUCCGCACCGGGACCCCCGUCAGGGCUUGCAGAGGGGUCGGUACCG